AGUAGUGGCGAGUAUUGAUUUGCCAUGUGUUUCCACGUAGCGGUCGAGCCCUCACACACACACACACAUCUGACUGAGCUAGCGGUUAUCACUUUCAUCUUUCAUCCUACUAUCCGUGUGCUAAAGUGUACUUUGAGGCGUAAUGGCGGACCCAAUAGUUUCAGAUGAAAUCAAGAAGAUAAUCGCAGAGUGCAAUGAGGCUAAGAAGUUUGCUUAUUGUCCGUACAGUAAUUUCAGAGUUGGAGCUGCUCUCUUGACCACAGAUGGUCAAAUUAUAACUGGCUGCAAUAUAGAAAAUGCUUCGUACACUCUUGGUGUUUGUGCAGAGAGGUGCGCCAUCUUCAAAGCAGUAUCCGAAGGUCAUACAAGUUUUAAAGCAAUCGCUGUUGCAAGUGAUGUGAAAGACGAAUUUAUUUCUCCUUGUGGAGCUUGCAGACAAGUGAUGUUUGAAUUUGGUGGAAAGGAUAUGAAAGUGUACUUGACCAAACCAGAUCAUUCCUUUCGAGUGACAAGCAACAAAGAGCUACUGCCGGACGGUUUUGAUUCAUCUGUCUUGGACAUGGAUAGAACUAAGGUCUUACCUUGAGGAAACAUCAGUUAAACUCCUCAUUAGAUCAUCUGAAAUCCUCCAUUUUGUGCUCUUUUACUGCUACGACAAUCUUAAUUAUUCUCUACUUGGCAGACUCCAUUCCUGUGUUUUUAAUGCGAGUCUGUGAACCUACUCACUUUCAUAAAAUAUGUGAGGUUUUAUUUUAUAACUGCGAGGUUGCCUUCAUCCUUUUUGCAUAUGAGGUAGGGUGUCGUGGCCGAGUGGAUAAGAAGUCACAUGGAAAUUUGGUUGGUAAUCCUGUUUUUAUCAAGGAAGAAAUUUAAAGCUAAGCAAAUUGUUGUGCUUAGCAGCUCUAUGAAAUUUAGCCCAGCUAUGGGGCUACCUCAUGCUACUUACCAUCCAUUUGCACAUUGUUAUUUGUAUUAUUAUAAACCUCAGGACUACCUUGUGCUAUGAGACUAUACUAAUAUUUUUGAUAAUAGUUUUGUAUAUAAGCCUCCAGCCUGAGGCUGUGAGCUAGGCUACUCAUUUUCAUAAAAUAUGUUUGAGGUUUUAUAUAAAGAACCUUAUGUGUGGGGCUAUAAUAAGGAGCAUACUUUCUUUCAGUUUGUCUUUAAGAAGUUAUUAUAAGGAAGCUGUCGAAGGUAUCAUAACACAUCGAGAGCCUAUUGUGCCCUCAAACGGUCAAUGUGUAUGCUAGGAACAAAAUGACACUCGCAGCAAAAAGGUGACCAGUUAUUAACCAUCCAUAGUUAUUAAGAUUGUUUGUGGUCUGACUGCUUCAUUAAUAUAACAAGUAUUUGAGAACAAUAGAAUAGAUAUAUUAUUUUAAACAAAAAACAGGGGUAUUUUUAAAAGAGUUUUAUGAUAAUGAAAUAAUGUAUUCAAUUAUUGUGCAUUAAUAAUUUCUGAUGAGAUUUUGAGAGAAAAAAAUAUAGUUAUUAUGCCUAUAGUAGGCCCACUGCA